UGCGUCAUUGCGAUGCAAACUGCAGUGCAGAAGGCGUGCUUCAAGCAAUGGGGCGACAGUUUAGUCAUGGAUUGGACGCACGGGACUAACAACUUAGGCUACCAUCUUGGUUUGUAUUCUCUCCUAUUAUUUCCUAUGUAUAAACUAACUCGCAUACUAAUGAGAUGUUAUUGCCUGUCGAUCAUUUGCUGA